CCACUUGUGUUUUUUCCAUUUGCAGGUCCUGCUCCUGUGACCAGCCAGUCUCCUGUCCCGUGCAAACUCUAUUCUUCGUCCUGGAUUGUCUUUCAGCCCGACAUCAUUAUCAGUGCAAGCCAAGGCUACCUCUGGAACCUCCAAGUGAAGCUUCAGCCCAUCGUAAACCUCUUGCCAGAUAAAGGAAGACUGAUGGACUUUCUCCUCCAGAGAAAGGAGUGCAAGAUGGUCAUUCUGUCUGUCUGUUCGCAGAUGCUGAGUGAGUCCGACAGAGCCACAUUACCUGUGAUCGCCACGGUUUUUGACAAGCUCAAUCACGAGUAUAAGAAGUACCUGGAUGCAGAGCAGAGCUACACAACGGCACUAGAAGCUGGGCAGAGCCGGAGCAGUCCGCUUCUCAGGAGGCCGGUGCGGACCCAGGCAGUGAUCGAUCAGUCCGACAUGUACACCCACGUCCUGUCGGUGUUCACGGAGAAGAAGGACAUGCCUCAUAAGUUCGUGAUCGCCGUCCUGAUGGAGUAUAUCCGCUCGCUCAACCAGUUUCAGAUCACAGUACAGCACUACUUACACGAGCUCGUCAUCAAGACGCUGGUCCAGCACAACCUCUUCUACAUGCUGCAUCAGUUCCUGCAGUACCACGUCCUCAGCGACUCCAAGCCUUUGGCUUGUUUGCUCUUAUCCCUAGAAAGUUUCUACCCUCCUGCCCACCAGCUGUCUCUGGACAUGCUGAAGCGACUGUCCACCGCCAACGACGAAAUCGUGGAGGUGCUUCUUUCCAAACACCAGGUAUUGGCCGCCUUGCGGUUCAUCCGGGGCAUUGGCGGCCACGACAACAUUUCUGCACGAAAAUUUUUAGAUGCCGCGAAGCAGACUGAAGACAACAUGCUUUUCUAUACUAUAUUUCGGUUUUUUGAACAGCGAAACCAGCGUUUGCGAGGGAACCCUAACUUCACACCAGGAGAACACUGUGAAGAACAUGUUGCUUUUUUCAAACAGGUUUUUGGAGACCAAGCUCUAAUGAGGCCUACAACAUUCUGAAAUCACUUGCUAGUUUGUUUUUUUAUAUAUAUAUAAAAAUGUGUACAAAGU